ACUGCCGACGACACGUCGCCCACCCAUCGUCCUCCACCCACCAACAAUGCUCUCCUCGGCCCUCAGACGCUCUUUAGCUCGCCACUCGGCUUUCCCAAGUCGCCGCCUAUACUCUUCCUCUUCUGAAUCGACCCAAAAGAAAGCACAAGACACGCUGGCGAGUGCCCAAAAAAACGCAAAUAAGCUCUGGGAGAGCAGCAAGAAGUACCUGGACCCUCUUGCUGAGAAAGCGGGGCAGCUGUUGGGGUCGUACAAACAACCACUACUAUACAACCUCGCUGUAACUAAAGAAGUCCUCAAGCAAAUCUACGUCGCUGAAGGACUGCAACCACCGACGCUCUCAGCCGUCCGACAGGCUUACGAGUCGAUUUGGUACCAAGUCUCUCGAAGCGGUGCGUUGGGCAGGUUGGUCCGGGAUGGGGAGGCUGCGCGGGUGGGCAUUUAUGGACUGCAGGCGUAUGGGAUUUUUAAGAUUGGAGAGAUUGUGGGACGACGGAGUCUCGUUGGCUAUGACCUCCAUUAGAUGUCGUGUCUUUUAGACAAUGGCGUAGAUGAAUAGACGAUUUUUCCUGUU